AUGGAAAAGCAUCACCUGCUCAAGCGCAAUUCGUCUUUCGAACGCCAUACUAGGGACGCUCCCCGCAAAUUCAGCCCCUUCGAGCAGCGUUUGGAAGCCAAUGCCCCGGCAGUUCCAGUUCUGACAAAGUCGGCUGCCGUAGCAAAGUGCGAUGCCGAUGCAGCAUCGUCUAGCACUCUUGGCUCGUCCAGCUCGGCACCGCCAGUCGUGAAAAGGCACUUUUGGGUGAGAAAGCUAUUAGACAACGCAGUCAGGGUGGUGUUACGCCAGCACAGGACAGUGGUUACAAAAAACAAGUUGGCAAUGGGGAGCUACAGGGCACCAAGUCUUGCAUCAUCUCUCAUGACCUUGCCUGACGAGCUGCUGCUACAAAUAAUGCAUUGUCUACCUGCGCCCUCCUUGUAUUGCCUUCGCCAGACUUCGGCCAGGUUCAUGGGUCUUUUCGAUGCACAGAAUUUCAAAGAGUAUCACGAGUCUCAAUCAUCAGGGAAACACAAGGGGUUCAAAACAAUUAUGCUACGCGCCGCGGAAAAGAACCUGAUUGCCAACUCUUUGCAUCGUCACAUGUACUGCGCCGCCUGCCUCGCGGCCGAAGAGCGCGGGAUCCUAGCCGAAAGAUUAGAGGCGCUGCGAACCUUGCGAAACUGUGUCGGAUGCAAUCGACUACACGCAACCGCACUCUUCUUCCCCAACGACGAGAAUGUACUCGAUCGCGCGUCUCAAACCUGUAUUGGACGACUUGGACAUAUCACGCUGUGCGACCACGCUUCAUGCAAUCCGACGUCAUGGCAGGAUCUCCACAGCUCCUUCAGAUAUGGCAGGGCUGAUUAUUUGUCUGUGUGCACACAUCGCUCGCACCGGACGAAACGCGAAGAAGAAGACGAGGAGUUCUUGUGCACUCCAUGUGCGUUCCCACGGCUAUAUGCAAAGACAAGUGGGGAUCAUGAUACGGUAUUUGAAUUGGGAUACGGCUGGGAUCUACCUCUGCUUCAGAUGGACCACUCAUCAGGCCGUGUGAGUCUUGCCGCCAUCCGAGAGACGCUCUGCAGCUUGGUGUUGAAUGCGUUCCACAACCACAGGCUGUGCCCACACAUAUCUGCCGGCGAAGAGAUUCGCAACUUUGUUCAUAAUGGCAUUUGCAAGUGCUUCAGUCACGAUUAUCUACGACAUUCGUCCGCCAAAUGCCGACGCCAAGCUACCCUCGACUGCCGAGUCUGUGGUGCGGUAUACAUGUGGAGGUUAGAGAAGGGACUCCUGAGUCUCUCGCUUCGCUAUCUUUGGAGAUUUCAACAACCGACUAGCUUCGCGUGGCUAAAUCUAUUGGAUAAAAGGUUUCGAGAAAGACUCUUCACCGACAACAACCGACACGUGCUUUGGUGCGAUAACCCCGAUUGUCGUACAAACAAGAGGUGUCGAUGGGAAGCACUAGUCAAGGAGAACGUUGAGAGGGCAUACAUUGAGCGCAUAGGUGAAGACUCCGGCUGUUGGGAUUACGAAGAGACGACGGUUACAUCCAUGAAAUCUUCUUUUCAGAACUGGUGA